UUUCCCAAUUAUGAACAGGAAGGAAUGGCCUCGAAUUUUGAUUGUUUUCUGGGCCUAGCCGCCUGGUGGACCGCCCUGCGUAUAAAACCAUGGGGCACCCCAAACAUUAACACAUAAAAACUACUGCAGUGUAGUCAAACUCAAAAACAGCCAUGUUUCGCAAUCUUCUUAUCUCAGGCGCAAAAUUUCGCCCAGAUCGCGAUAUUCCAAGUCUGCACGGCAAGGUCAUUCUUGUCACAGGCGGGAACUCGGGUCUGGGUCUCGAGAGCGUGCGCCAACUGGUACAACACAGACCAUCCCGUAUCUUUCUCGCAGCACGAUCGAAAGAGAAGGCAGAAAUAGCCAUCAAAGACCUCUCAAAGUCAUGCUCUGAUACAUCUAUCAUCUCUCCGUUGGUGCUCGACCUCGCCUCCUCUCGCAGCAUCAAGUCUGCUGUGAGCUCCUUUACCGAGCAGUCAUCCCGACUAGAUCUCCUGAUCAACAAUGCUGGAAUUAUGAUGACUCCAGAAGGUCUAACGGAAGAUGGCUACGAGAUACAAUUCGGUACCAAUCACAUGGGUCACGCCCUACUCAUUCAACUACUUCUUCCAAGUCUCCAAAACACUGCGGAAACGAAUCCAGACGUACGAGUUAUUACACUGUCUUCAGCCACUGAAUCGUAUGCUCCAAAGAAAGGCAUCUACGACCUACCCGCGCUCAAGACCACGAUGUCAAAUCUCUCAACCCAAACACGUUACGCGAUCUCAAAACUGGCCAACAUCCACUACAACACUGCCUUAUCUAAGAGAUAUAGUGACAUCAAGUUCAUCGCCGUACACCCUGGAAGUGUCAACACGAACCUCGCGGGUUCCAUUCUCCAGACGGCAAGUUUGCCGUUGAAACUUUUCUUCCAUAUCUGGGCUUUGCUCUUCGUCGUGCCUCCAGAACAGGGUGCUUUGAAUCAGCUAUGGGCAUCGACCAGCAAGGAUGCUAAAAGUGGAGAGUUUUAUCAUCCUGUCGGCGUGCCAGGGAAAGGGUCACAGCUUUCGGCCUCUCAAGAACUUUCGGACCAGUUAUGGGAAUGGACGCAGAAUGAAAUUCGAGCUUAUCAUUAA